AUGAGGAUGGAUGGCAACUUCCUCCCUCAGGGAGCACCUGCUAUGGAGCCAGAAAGAGCUAAGAGUCCAUGGUGGGGACCAACAGAUCCCAUUGCCCCUGGAACCGUUGUGGUUUUAAAACUGGAAUCUCAUCAGAAUAAAUGGAGUGCUUGGCUACCCUGGUCUACAUUAGUGACUCCAACAAUCAUUAAAAAUUUUCUGUUGAUCAUUUCAGGUGAUCAGGGUCUCAUGGCAUCAAAUGUCUCUUUUAUUGCAAAUGUAAGACUCAAAUAUGACAGCAGGCAGGGAGGGACACAGCUCCAGUAUUGCCAGACUCUGAAACAAAGUAGGACCGUCAUCAAGGGUGUUACUCCCCUUCCUGGCUGA